AUGGCCUCUCACAGCGAUGAUUCUGAUAUAUGGGAUGAUACAGCCCUCAUAAAGGCAUAUGAUAAAGCAGUUGCAUCUUUCAAGAAUGCUUUGAAGAAUGGUGACUGUUCAGAGCCUUUGGAUAAAACUGAGCAAAACGCUGGAACAAAAAGAAAAAAUAACAAAAAGAACAAGAGUAGGAAGAAAAGUAAUGCUGCGUCACAGAAACAGUGGAGAGUUAAUGAUGCAUGCAGUGCAGUUUGGUCUGAAGAUGGUAAUGUGUACCAAGCAAUUAUUAACUCAAUUAACUGGAAGAAAGGGACAUGUGUAGUGGUUUAUACUGGAUAUGGAAAUAGGGAAGAGCAUCGGCUGUCUGAUCUGCUGCCACCAAUAGAUGCUGAGGGAACAAAUGAGGAAAGAAGUGCUGGGGAGAAUGCAAAUGAGACUCAGUAUUCAACCGAUGAAAGUGACCUGUCCUUCCAGUCGCCUGGAAAUAAACACAAUCAUACAAAAUCAGCACAAUGGAAUUCGCACUUCCCUCUACUACCACCACCGCCACCACCGGGAUUGGGAAGGACUGGGUCAAAGUUCAGUGGACCUCCAUCUUUCUUAUCAGGCUGGCCUCCACCAUUUUCAUCAGGACCACCGUUGAUUCCACCACCUCCACCUAUGAGCCCAGACUCUUCAGAAGAUGACGAAGCAUUAGGAAGUAUGUUAAUAGCCUGGUAUAUGAGUGGUUAUCAUACUGGCUACUAUCUGGGUUUAAAACAGAGCCGAAUGGAAGCUACAUCAGGGAGAGAUGCCCAUUCUAAGUAGCUGUUGUGUAAAAACUCUCUCCCAUGGAGAGGGAUGUCCCACAUGUACAUUCUUCGACAAAGAUGAAGUGUUCACUGAGAUGAAGAUCACUGACUGUAUAAUCCUCAGAGGCAUCACUUACCCAUUUUGUACAAAUGUUACUUUGCUAGCAAGAUUUCUGGUUUAACCCUGCUUUUAUCAUCUAUUGUCCCGCUCUUGAGUACCUGUUCUGGACUAAUUCAUCUUCCUGGGCAUCUGGUUAUCUAGUCUUGCACAGAUUUAAGACAGUCCUCCAUGGUGACAGAAUCUCUGCUAAGCUUGGCAGUGAUAAUAGCCAUAAGAGAAACUAGUUGUAUGGAAUGUAAACACUGACUGUUGGUUUGAAGAUUCCAUAGAAAGCAUAAUCUUUUUUUCUUCACUGUUUUUAAGAUCUUGGUUGGAAUUGAUUCAUGCAUACAGUAAAAUACUUUUGACAGGCUUACAUCUUUGCUUAUGUACUUAACUUUCUAGAAGUGUUACCAGUCAGUGAUUUUUAUAGAUGCUUGUGGUUGGUUACCCAAUGGUCCAGACAGCGGAGCUAGAACAACUCUGUUCAAGUGAAUAGGGAUCUAUCGCUUAUCAGUGAUGUCACUGAACUUGUUUAAAAUACUCAUCAAUAAACUUGUUUUUUUCAAAUUUUACUUUAAUUUUAUUAGCCUGUAGAGCCGUUUUUUCUUUUACAGUUUACAUCUAGCUGAGAUAAUGGACUUGAAUACAGGAAAGAUAUAAUGGAAAUCACCAUAGGUGUCUUGCUUUAGUAUGAUUCUGAAUGCUUAAAAGCCAGUACAAAUAAGGUCAGUUUUCCUCAGUGGUGUGAUUGUGGAAUUAUCGGCACCCUCACGGUGAUUGCCUUGGUCCAUUAUGAUAGAGUGCUUCCAUGUAGCAUGUAGGAUCUAAGAUGCCACAUUAACACUGAAGUAGAAUGCACAUAGCCAUCAGUGUAACUUAGCAUUCAUCUUAAAAGUGAAACUUUUAUCCUCAAGGUAACUUAGUAAAAGUGAGAUUUCUUGUGUGACAAUCGUUCUUUCACUACUGAGGAACCUACCCCAGAUUUUGUGACAGAACAUUGUUUGCACUAAUUUAGGGUUGGAUCCAGAGUAAAUGGGCAAUUUCCACUUAUUCAUCCUUUGUUCUACAAGCACACAGACACCCACGUUGUUCCUUAGGGUCCCCUAUCCCCCAAAAGUAGCAUUUUGAGGAAUUCACUUCCUCCAAGAAUAUUUGAUCUAGAGUUGACCCAUAAUCUUUCAGAGAACUGCACACUUCUACAUAUCUUUUAAUCUUUAAAGCAUCUGCGAUUCCACUAAAUUAUUCCAGUAUUUGCCACAAGUAACAUACAGAAUGAAUUAUUCAAACUGUUCUAUACAACAUUUUCAUUGACUC